AUGGCCAAACGCGAAGCAAUAAUCAUGACCGUCACCGCAAUCGGCGGACUAAUCGGCGCCAACGCCCUCCUCAAGCCCUCUCCCCAUCACAGCAUCAAAGCCGGAAUGGACGCACAGUUACAUUCAUACAAUGCGCAUACAAAGCCACAUGUCGAUCAAGAUCCUUUGGAUACGAUUUUUGAUCGUACGGCUUUGAUGGAGAAGGUUAAGGAUCAGAAACCAUGGAAUAAGACGUAUGCGGAGAAGGAGAGGCAUAGAUAG